AUGAUAUUCGGUAAUAUCGUAAAACACAAUGUGAUAUCCUAAGAUGCUGUAUUGUAUCCUACAAUACAUCAUGAUAUCGUAAGCUAUACUGGAUGAUAUUCUAGGACACUGAGUGAUAUGUGGCAUUACGUGUUACUGGUACAUCAAUGUAUCAAGAAAAUUUUAUCCGCAUUUGAAAACUGAUACAAAUUUAAAAAUAUAUUUUCUUUUGAUGACCGUUCUUUUCAUCAGGUCGAUACCCAGUACCUUAUCUGUUAAUCAAUAACUAUUCUGGAAUCGACGCAAUUGAUUUGCUAACUCAUGAUAAAACUGUCGUUAUCCCUGGGCUUAAAGAUAAUAAACGGAUGUCAAUUGACACAGUGGAAAUGAAACUAUACUUCAGAAACGGCAGCAGUAUAUCCAGGGCUAACCUUGAUGGAACAGGUGUUGAAGUUUUUUUGCAAAAUGUUGAAGUUUGGAAAAUGGAAAUUGACUGGAUGAGGCGUAGAAUAUUCUGGAUAUCUAACGCAGAUUGGCGGAUUUACGUAACGAAUUUAGAAGGAAAAGAGAAAAGACCGCUGACAGAAACAGGGCUUUGGAACUGGGAAAUAGCAGUGGAUCCAACAGUAGGGUAA